AUGGGGGAGAGAAUGGAAUAGAAAGGAUUUUAUUUCUUCAAAAAAUUAAUCAAGGAUUUAUCAAUCCUACCCUAUUUUAAAUCUAAUUUAUUCUAUUACAUCCUAUUCCAUAUUAAAGGUUUUAAUAAAAUAGAUUAGUUUAUGGAGAAUAUUGGCAGAGGUAGACUCUACUAAGACAUACCAAAAGAAAAUAAAAAGGGUUUAAAUAUGUUUAAAUUUUAUUUAAAUUUAAAUUGA